GAUCACGUGACACAGGCAGGAAGUGCCUUUACUCCAAAUUCAAAACGCUUUGUUUCUUUUUUUGCAGAUGAAGGUGAGCGCUGCGAAUUAAUGCACUCAAAAUGCGAAGUCAAUAAAGUUCGCGGAUUAAAACAGCAAACCUCUUGGAAUAACCCCACACACUAAAAUUUGAUUGGCUACUUUUUUUAAAUUGUCAUAAAACUGGCCAAUUGAGUGAGAGGUGCAGACCAGCCAGGCCACCAAACUUCAAUCUCAACUCAGUUGUUGCUAAUCGUGAUUAGGGCUACUUGGAAGCAGACAUCAACAAUGGCAGCGUGGAACGCAUUCUUCCGGAAUGAGGAGGAAGAUGAAGCACAGGAGGAAGGAGAGCAACCAGAAGGAUUUUACAAGGUUUUGGGGAGAGACAGCUUAGUUUUCUUGGUGGACGCCUCCAAAGAGAUGUUUAUCAAAGGGGAAGAUGGGCAGCCAUCUAAUUUUGACAUGACGAUGCAAGUCGUGCGCAGUGUGUACACCAGAAAGAUCAUCAGCAGUCCCCGGGACCUUAUGGCGUUGGUGUUCUACAGCACUAAGCAGAGCAAAGACCCCACUAACUCUUUUAAGCAUGUCUAUGUCUACCACAGCCUCAGUGAACCAGGUGCAAAGCGAGUGCAGGAAGUGGAUGCACUCCGGGGGGAAAAUGGCGCCCGGAUAGCAGCAGAGACCAUGGGCAGUGGCGAGACAUUAUUAUCUGACGCCCUGUGGUGCUGUGCCAACCUGUACCGAGACUGCAAGCUACGCCUUGGACACAAACGCCUCCUAAUCUUUACAUGCAGGGACCAACCACACGGAGGUGACAGUGCCAAAGAUCGACAGGCUCGCACCAAAGCCAGUGAUCUCAAAGAGACUGGCGUCUUCGUAGAUCUAAUGCACUUGAUGAAACCAGGCGGCUUCGACGUCUCUAUCUUCUAUUGUGACGUUGUGAGUCCACCAGAGGAUGAGAGUGAAUUAGGGCUCCAGACAGAGCCAUGCACAAAACUUGAAGACCUCCAGAAGAGAGUGCGAGCCAAGGAGCGUAAAAAGAGGACAAUGGCAAGACUUAAUCUGUGUUUGGGCGAGGGCAUAAACAUAGCAGUGGGAAUGUACACCAAUGCUGUGACAGUUCGGAAAUCAGCCCCCAUUAGGCUGUACAGGGAAAGCAAUGAGACGGUCCGCAGCAAAACGCGCACCUUCCAUACUCAAACAGGAAGCCUGCUCCUCCCCAGUGAGAUAAAGAAAGCACAGGUGUAUGGCAAAAAGCAGAUAGUGAUGGAGAAGGAUGAAGUGGACGCCAUCAAGAAGUUUGAUGACCCUGGUUUGUUUCUAAUUGGAUUCAAACCGAUGGAAAGUCUCAAGUUGCACCACCAUAUUCGCCCCUCUGUCUUUCUCUAUCCUGAAGAGGGUGAAGUGAAAGGAAGCUCCUGUCUGUUCUCCGCGCUAAUGACUAAGUGCAUCGAGAGGAAUGUAUUUGCUUUGUGCCGAUGCAUUUCCCGCCGAAACUACCCACCACGAUUUGUUGCCUUGGUGGCCCAGAAAGAGGAGGUAGACGAUGGGAAGGUACAGAUCACGCCACCAGGUUUUAAUGUCAUCUUCCUGCCUUAUGCUGAUGACGUGCGAAGUCUGGAUCCCCCACAGUUGCCGUGUGCUUCGCCAGUGCAGGUGGACAAGAUGAAGGAAAUUGUCUCUAAGCUGCGCUUCAAAUACAGGGCUGAAGCUUUUGAGAAUCCAGUCAUCCAGCAGCACUACAGGAACUUGGAGGCCUUGGCUCUGGAUAUGAUGGCUCCAGAUGACAUGGAGGACCUCAUCAUGCCAAAGGUGGACCAGAUUGACCAUCGUCUGGGUCCUCUUGUCCAGGAUUUUAAAGAUCUGGUCUACCCUGCAGACUACAACCCGGACAGCAAACCAGCUGCCAAACGCAAAACAGCGGAUACUGGCGGUACAACACAGAAGAAACCUAAAGUGGAGGUAACGGAAGAUGAGCUCAGGGUCUCCGUUCAGAAAGGCACCCUGGGGAAGAUGACGGUGGCUGUGCUCAAAGAAGCCUGUAAGCAGUUUGGCAUUCGCACCACUGGCACUAAGAAACAAGAGCUAAUAGAUGCUCUGACUGCCAAACUGGACUCAUAGUGCCUCAGUGUGCUCCGUUCAUGCCCUAAACUGUACAUGAAGGUGGUUUGGAACAUAGAAUGUAGAUGUUUUUUGUAAAUUACUAUUACAGCCUUUUACUGUUGAGGGGAUGACAUAGAAAGUUUUACUAUUUCUUGCAAAGAUGUAAAAAUAAUUUACUUCACACCAGGGGUGUCCAAACAUUUUGCCACCCAGGCUGCAUGAAGAAAAAUGUAAGGAUGCGGGGACCAAGUUGAUUUUUUUCACCUUUUUGUUAAUUACACAUGCUAUUACCUAAUUCUAAUGGAUAAUGCUUUAGCAGAUUAUUUGCGCUACCUGUCAUACAUAUGAAAUAAAGCUAGCAAUUUACAUCCAUCCAUCCAUUUUCUAUCGCUUGUCCCUUUUUGGGGUCACAGGGGGUAGCUGGAGCCUAUCUCAGCUGCAUUCGGGCGGUAGGGGAGGAACACCCUGGACAAGUCGCCACUUCAUCGCAGGGCCAGAUUGGCACAUUCAUAACUGUAAUACAUAAAUAAGACUCAAUUUACAAUUAAUUAGGCCAAAAUAUGUACAAUAUGCUGUAAAAAUAAUAUGUGGUAAAGCCGCAAUAUUUGAAGCACGAUGUGAAGAGGGACCCAAAAAAUGUACAGUCUUUGGCAAAUAAACAACUUAAUGGUCCUUUUUUGCCACACAAAACCAAAUAAAUUAUUAUUUCUUGCGGCUUUGAUAACUUGCAUGUAAUAAUACUUAUUAUAAAUAAUAAUCAUGUGUGUCAUCUUUUUUUGUUUUUGUUUUUUCAUACAAAAACCACAAUUUAUUUAUUUUUUUAACUACAAUAUGUAGCCUAAACCUACUUUUGUGAUGUUCUGAAGUAAGACCAUAUUCAAUUUUAUUUUUAAAAUAUGAUCUGCGGGCCGCACUUUGGACACCCCUGCUUUAUGUGUUUAACCCAGCGCUUAUGUCAAACCCCAUAGUCAGGCACAAUGCUGAAAAAUAUCAAAAACAACUUUUUUUGCAAAAAUAAAACUUUGUAAAGCA